AUGUCAAAGUCUAAACAAAAGAAUAAAAUGAUCGAUAAUGACAAUAAACAACAGAAGGAAAAUGAAGAAAAUAAUAAUAAUAAUUGUAAUGAAACAACACCAAUUAUUGGUAGUCCUUCAUCAACAAGUAAUGAGAAGGAAGCAAAAGAAAAUGAAUUAAUAAUCUAUGAAUUUCAUUUUCCUGUUGAACUUUGUGGUCGUCUUAUUGGUCGACAAGGUGUUCAUGUUGAUUAUAUAAGACAAAUGGCACAAGUUGAUUUAGUUGUACGAGAUGAUGCAAUUUCUUAUGAAAAACAAGUUGUUGCUUUACAUGGUCGUCGAGUUGAUGUUGCACAAGCUAUUGAAUUAAUAGCUAAACGUUUUCCAUCUGAUCGUUAUCCACAAGUAACAUUUAAACCUAUAAAUAAAAAAAUUAUUGUACGACAACGUCCACCUGAAUGUGUACCAAUACCUUCCUCAAUUGCUCAACUUUAUUUACCAGAUGGAAUACCAACUGAAGUUCUUGUUACAAGUGUUGUUUCAUGUAAUCAUAUAUUUGCUCAACAAAUUUUACAUCCAUCUUAUCCUGAACUUAGUCGUCUUGAUAAUUCAAUGUCAGUUUUUUAUCAUCAUACAGAAAUGACACCACUUUUACCUCGACCUAUUCAACCUGGUAUUAUAUGUGCAGCACCAACACAAGCUGGUUGGUUUCGAGCAUUGAUUACAGUCUAUAAUAGUAAUCAAGAUAUGGCUAUGAUUAAAUUUCUUGAUUAUGGAGGUUAUCUUUAUGUACAUGCAAAUUCUUUACGUGUUCUCAGGCAAGAUUUUAUGAUUAUUCCAUUUCAAGCAGUUGAAGUUUAUCUUGAUAAUGUUGUACCAGCUGAUAAUCAAGAAGAUUUUACAUCGGAAUCAAUUGAAUUAGUUAAAACAACAAUUCUUGGUUCUUGUUUUAAAGCUAUUGUCACUGGUUAUCAUUAUGAUAAUACACCAUUUAUUCAAUUAACAAAACGUCAUGGACAUUCACGUCCUAUUAAUGUUGAUAUUCAAAAAAUGAUUAAUAAUCAACAACAAAUAACAAAUAUUAAUGAUUUAACAUUAAUAAAUAAUUCAAAUUGUUUAUCAACGAAUCAAGUAGAACAAUCUGUAUUAGAUUCAUCAGUAGUAUCAUCAACAGCAAAUUCUGAUAGUUAA